UUUUUGCAUCCACCAGAACAUCCUGUUUUGGCCUCAUAAUAAUUUGCUUUAAACCUUCAUUAAUUGAUAGCUUCCUGCAUCUCUACAUCUUCUUCAUAACCAUAUAAGGAAUUCACAAAAACAUUCAUUGCAGAAAGUUCUGGGCAGAGCAGAGGACUAUACGGGACCUUCCCUGUACUGUGAGCCAUUGUGUGCUGUCAAACUGUGGUUGUGAUUCAGACCUCACCCUUCCUGUUUCUAGAGGCACUACCCGCUCCACUUCACCAUGGCGCAAACUCAAGUGCUCCUAAAUAUCCAAGAUUUCUACUGUUCCAUAUGUCUGGAACUGCUUGAAGACCCGACAACGAUCCCCUGUGGGCACAGCUACUGUCAGAGCUGCCUGCAGGAAUACUGGGUCGGAAAUAAUGACUCAGAGACAGUCAACUGUCCCCAGUGUAGAGAAUCCUUCACACCCAUGCCCCUUCUAGGAAAAAACAUACUACUGGCUGAGACAGUGGACAGGCUAAGAAGAACACACUGCUCUAGUUCACCUGCUAUUGCUGCCUCUGCUAACACGGCUACAAAUGUUCGACAACAACGUGCCCCUGUCUCUACAGCUACAAAUGUUCGACAACAACGUGCCUCUGUUUCCACUGCUACAAAUGUUCAACAACAAUGUACCUCUGCUUUCACUGCUACAAGUGUUCGACCACAACGUGCCUCUGCUUCCACUGCUACAAGUGUUCGACAACAACGUGCCCCUGUCUCUACAGCUACAAAUGCUCGACCACAACGUGCCUCUGCCUUCCCUGCUGCAAAUGUUCAAUCACAACAUGCCCCUGCCUUCUCUGCUAUCAGUGUUCAAUGGCCACGUGUGCUGGCGAUGUUGUUUGCCUGUGUGGCCUUUAGCGUGGCAAUUAAGGGCGCACGGGUGCAGUACGACGGGCUGGGCAUUUUGUGCAUUUUCAUCUGGGGAUUUAGCUUCAUUGGCACACUGCUGGUGCUACUGGUGGAGCUAUGCACACACCGCUUUUGGAAGAACUUCCCCAUCACUUUUGCCUGCUUUGCCUCCCUCCUCUGCCUCUCCGCAUCCAUCACCUUUGCACUGCAUUUUUUUAAAGGCUUCUUCAUGCAUGGUGUGUCCUACAACUACCGUGUUGUCUCACUGGUCUUCUCCUGCUUUGCCACCAUCGCCUAUGCAAUGGAGGUAAUCAUCAGCAAGGUCUGGGCAAACACGGACAGGGAGGCUGGUUACAUGACCACAGUGCCUGGUCUGCUGAAGGUGCUUGAAACGUUUGUGGCCGGCAUCAUCUUUGUGUUCAUCAGCGACCCCAACGCCUAUAAGAGUCACGUGGCUAUCAAGUGGUGCAUGGCUGUCUACUGCAUCUGCUUCAUCCUGUCCAGCAUGGUCAUCAUCCUGUGCUUUAGGAAUGGCUCUGACUACCUGACCUCCACCCCCACCUGCUGCUUGUCCUUCUACGCUUUGUUGGCCGUCAUUAUGUAUCUGACAGCCACCAUCAUCUGGCCCAUCUAUAAGUUUGACAAGCUGCAUGGGGGAAGCCCCUCUAGGCCCAGUCAGUGCAGCAGCAGCAACCCAGACCUUUGCCCAUUUGACAAGCUGAUAGUUGUGGCUGUGCUAACCGGUGUGAAUUUUAUACUAUACCUGGCUGAUUUGAUAUUCUCUGUCAGGCAGUGUCUCUAUCAGGUCGACUCAUGGGACUUGCCGACAUGAUGUAGAAUAUCAUCAUUAUGUAGGCCUCCUAUUACAUUGCUCAGUCCCUCCAGGAUUUUGCGGGCCUUUUUUGAGAUUGUUGCCGCCUAAAAGCCUGAUUUCGGGCCAACUUUUCUAAAAUAAAUGCAAUGGAAGUUGCUGAAUUAAUUGAGGGCAACUAAGGGUAGUAAGACCAAAAUAACAUUGAUCAUCUUGAUAUUCUUAUUAAACAUAAUAAUAAAAGUAAAGGAUUACAAAAAAUAAAAGUACUUUAUUUGUAGCUAAAUGAAGAAAUGUUUUGGCUGGGGUAGGCUAAUUCACAAAGCAGGUCCAAAAAAGACAGCUACCACCUAAAAAGAUGGCAUCAUGUCAUAUGUUUCAAUACAUUCAUAUAUUUUUGAAUUCAUUUUAAGUUCAUAUAUUUUUAAUAAUUCAUAUUCUGUGACCUGCAUAAUUACUAAUAACCAACUAAGUAUUUAAUGAUUUCAGUAUUUUAUAUUGAUUUUUAAACUAUUAUGCUAGACUUUUCUUUAAUGUCAUUACAUUGUAUUGGUGGUGUGUAGCUCUAAUUGUGUGCCUGGACGUGAGAGUAGCCAAUUAUGAUCGCCAACAGUAGCCAUAAUUUUGUGUCAACGAUUCCCGGGACACUGAAAGACUGGGGUACACAGAACCAUUGUUUUUCAUUUCGUUUUCGUUUAGUUUCCUUUCCCAACUGCUCAAAUGGCUCACUCUUUUAACCUGUUUUUACUUUAUUUUAUCUACCACUUACUUUAUUUAUUUAUUUUUAUUUCACUUAUU